GUUAGGGGGAGAUUAUAUUUAUUUUAUGUACAAAAUAUGUUUUAUGUACAAAACGCCCUGACAGUUUAUAAGCUUCUGACAGGUUUAUCCGACAGAUAAAUGGUACGCACAUACAUUUGAAACGAGUGUUUCAAAACAGUCUAUGAAGACGAUUACAUUCAUGACACGCCUGCCUAAAGACGUCCGCAAUACUACCGAAAUUUACAUAUUCCUGAUGUGACAUUUCCUGAUUUCCUUACUGCUGGGACUCUGAAAAAUAUGAAUCAUCCAUGAAGGAAGUGUAGCAGUGUGCGAGUUGUUUGUCUAUAGUACCGCAUAGACGCGCCCUGGACAAACACAUGGACUAAAGAACCUUUAAGCUUUUUAAAGACAAGAUAACCAGAUGGAGACCAAGGGAAGCUCCAGCACUCCACCUCCACCAGACUUGCACAAAUCUCCAGCAGAUGAGUGUGUCGGCGCUGAGGAGCCCCAACAGCAGAGUUUGGGCCAGUCAGAUGGGUCACAUGAUAAAAUGGACACCAAUAUCCAUGCUGCUCAGCCUGAUGGGACCUCUGCCAUCUUCAGAAGGACACCCACUCAGUCCGGCACUAAACUAUGUGGCUACCUCAACAAGCAGGGUGGACCUCUCAAAGCCUGGAAGUCCCGCUGGUUUGCCUACGAGGAGAAGAGCUGUCAGCUGUUUUACUACCGCAUGGCACAGGAUAUCAAUCCUCUGGGUAAGGUGGAUCUGUCUCGUGCCACGUUCAGUUACCCGUUGCAGGGAGAGGAGGGAACCUUUCAUAUACAGACACCAGAGCGCACUUUCGUUCUCAAGGCAGCUAACAGAGAUGCGCAGAUGUACUGGUUGCAACAGCUGCAGAUGAAACGUGCGUUAUACAGGGAGCAGCAAGUUGAACAUCAGCCCAUGCCAAAACCAGACAACCUAACAGUGGAAAGCACACCAUCAGCAAACUGCCCUGCUGACUUCUUGCCCAUGGUGAAGACGCCUUCUGGUCUGGUUGGUGAAGAAGCUGCCAGUCUGCCGGCACCAGGAUUAAAAAGCCCCCUCAAUAUGUCAAUCAAACAUCCGCUAAUUGAGCUACAGAACACAAUGCACAGUUUCCGUAACCGGCAGUCACAAGAAAUUAGACAAAGUGUUUUCCAUAUUGACGACCCAAAUGUCACCCAAAAAACACUCUCAUCUAAGACAUCCACUUUAGCAGUCCCCACAUCCGGUUCUUCUCAAACCCCAGAAUUCCCUGUUAAUGCCAAGUGUGAGGACCUGCAAAAAAAUCAUCUAUCCACAGUGUCACAAAACAGGAAGGGUUACAAAGAAAAGUUCAAACCUCUGGACCUAGACACAUCUCAACAUGAAAAACUUUCCCUGGCUGAAGAGGUCAAAGCACAGAAGGAGUUGGUGUUGCUGCUACAUAAAGUGCUGGAAGAUGCUCAGCUAGAGAAACGUACCUGUGCUCAGUUUCUAGCUGCGGAGGGAGAGCAGGAGCGCUUGGAGCUCCUCAAACACGGUGAACGACGUGCAGCCGAAUUGCGAGACCAUCUGGAGUCACUGCAGCAGGAGAAUGAGAGCCUACGGAGGGAUCUGAACCAGAGGGACUCCCAUAUUGCUGAACUCCAAGAGAGUGUCAAGCUCUUGAUGCACAAGAACCAGGCCAAACAGGAAGUGUUAUUGAAGCUAUCUGAGAAGUUAGCAGCCUGUGGGGAAGACCAGCAUUACACCAAUGGGCUGGAAACUGAGACCUUCAAACAGCUAACACUGGAGAAUGAGCAUUUGAAAGAUGAUUUGAAAGCAUAUAAAACCCAGAACCAGUAUCUAAACUCUGAGAUCUACCAGCUGACGACGCUUUGGAGAAAAAGUUCAGAACAGGAGCAAAGUCUGAUAGUAAAGUGUGCUGUUUUAGAGGCCAAUAACUGUCAGAUGGAAAGCAGAUACCUGGGAAUCCUCCAGAAACUCCUGGAGAGUAAGGAAUUGAAUCCGGAGCAGAGGGAAGCAAUCAAGAAGGUGAUUAAAGAUGCAGUUCAGGCAGAUCUGAACACAGUCAUCAAACUAAACCCCAUCAGUGAUUACGAUGAAUAUGGAUUUAGGAUCGCAAUAGACUACAAAGUUGAGGACCUGAAGCUCCUUUCUAAGAUCCAGGCCCUGGAGAUCCGAUCCCAAAACCUGCUGAAUCAAGAGGAAUGUGAUGGCCCGCUGUUGGCUCGUUGCGCUCAGCUCCUGUUCGGACGUCCUGAAGCUGAACUGUCUUCAUCAGCAGAAAUGAAGAGUCUACUCCGGACAGGCUUACCACGAGAGUACCGCGUGAAGUUUUGGCGUUUUAUGAUACAGACUAGAACCAAGUCAGUAAGGGGGCGUCAUCCCAACCGCUAUCAAGAGCUUUGCGAGAACAGCAGAACCUCACCGCACCUGGUGCCCAGACAGAUCCAGCUGGACCUGGAUCGUACGUUGACCUCCAAUCAACUCUUUUCCCCUCCUUCAAGCCCCAUGAUUCAAAAGCUGGAGAGAGUUCUUCAAGCAUUCUCAUGGCAAAACCCCACCAUCGGCUACGUGCAGGGACUCAACAGACUGGCAGCCAUUGCUCUGCUGGUACUACAGGAUGAGGAAGAUGCCUUCUGGUGCCUGGUAGUGAUUGUGGAGUACAUCAUGCCUCGCAAUUACUACACUAAAGACCUGCUGGGCUGUCAGGCCGACCAGCGUGUACUAAAGGACCUCAUGUUCGAGAAACUGCCUCGACUCACAGCCCAUCUGGAAGCGCUAAAAGUAGACGUAUCACUCAUCACUGUUGAAUGGUUCCUGGUGCUGUUCGUGGAGAGUCUGCCUACCCGCAUACUGUUUAAAGUAUGGGACGCCUUCCUGUAUGAGGGCAUCAAGGUGAUAUUCCGAUAUGCACUGGCUCUUUUCAAAUACAAAGAGGAAGACAUCUUAAAGAUUCAAGACAGUGCCGAAAUGUACCAGUAUCUCCGCAUCUUCCCAAACACCAUUGUAGAUGGAAGGAAGCUGACAAGCAUUGCCUUCAAUGACAUGAACCCACUGCCCAUGAAGCUACUGUGGAACCGUCGCGGCGUGCAUCUGGAACGUCUCCACGCUGAGAUUAAAGAGCUGGAGAACUUACAGAAAGCAUACAAAGCUGAAAACGUCCAGUGCAAAGACAAAGAGCUGGACACCCUCGCUAGUGAAGAUGAAGAGGAGGUAUAGAAGAGUCAAACAUAAGCUCUUGAUGCAUGUGCAAAACGAGAAACACUAAACAGAAAGAACUCAUCAUUUACUCACCCUCAUUUUGUCCAAACUCAUAUGGUCAGUCUUUUCCAUUUAGUAAAACUGAAUGGUGCCAAAAGGUCUAUCAUUGGUCCUGAAAGCUGUCUGUCAGGGUGCGGGGUAGGGUUAGAGGUUGUUUCUGUUGUAGCAAUUCACCUUUCGGCAUGCCCAUUAAUCCGACCUGCAGCUAUCCCUGUCUCGAAAAUCUUGCCCUCUACCUCUCAACUACUUUUUGGUGCUUUUCUCAGGAUGACAUGAAGGUGAGUAAAUGAUGAUUUCAUUUUGCGAAAGACAAUGCACAAAUGGCUUGAACAAAAGGAUACAUUUUUACAGUAGGGGCAGCAGAAAGCUGCACUGACCUCAGCAUUGGGCAUGUUGAGGCCCUAUGUAUUUGCACAGAUGCGUAUUUGCAUCUACGCUACUGUUCAAAAGAUUCAGGUCAAAAAGAUUUGUUUUUAUUUAAUUCAGCAAGAUGGAUGCAUUAAAUUGAUCAAAAGUGACAGUAAAGAGUUUUACUUUGUUACAAAUAUUUCUAUUUAAAAUAAAUGCUGUUUUUUUUAUUCCUCAAAGAUUCAAAGACUUUAACAUUGAUAAAUGUUACCUGAGCAGCAAAUCAGCAUAUUAGAAUGAUUUCUGAUGGAUCAUGUGACACUGAAGACUGGAGUAAUGAUGUUGAAAAUUCAGCUUUACAUCCACUGGAAUAAAUUACAUUUUACAAUAUAUUAAAAUAGAAAACAGUUAUAUUAAAUUGUAAUAUUUCACAAUAUUACUGUUUUAUUGUAUUUUUGAUCAAAUAAAUGCAGCCUUGGUGAGCAUAAGAGACUUCUUUCAUUAAAACAUCUUAUGACACCACAACUUUUGAACAGUAGCGUAUAUGUAACCCCCUCAGUAAAGAUUUGUUUUUAAAUUUGUUUUCUUUUAAGAUUUUGUACUGCACUACUACUGUAUUUAACACAUGAAUGCAUAUAUUAUCAGCCUCAUGCACAGUUUAGAAAAUCCAAUAUGACAUUGUCCCAAUAACAUGCACAUAAUAAAUAUUAAACUUUAAAA